AUGAACCCGCAUCAGCAGAACAAGGUGGACAUCAACUCCUUGAGCCCGGAGGAACAGCGUCUGCUGCGUCUCUAUGGCAAGAUGCCCACCAAGAAAGAUGUGUUGCAGAACAAGCUCAAGGAGCGGAAAUACUUCGAUUCGGGUGACUACGCCCUCAGCAAAGCCGGCAAGGCCUCAGACGUCGGCGUCACCAACAUCGGCUCCCGCCACCCCGUCCCCGAGAACAUCCCCCACCUGACCGCGACCUCCCCAGGUGCCAACAACCCCGCCGCCGCCACGGGCAACGGUGGCGCCGCCAAUCACCAGGGCCAGCAGAUGCCCGGCAGCUUCAGUGGCCACCCGGGCUCGGUCGGCUUCCAGAGUCGCAGCCCCGCCAAGGAGGGCAGCUACCUGCACCGGGGCACCAGCAUCAGUGAGGGCAGCGAUGCCAUCCCCCAGGACAAGGAGGACAAGGAUCUCAGUGUUAGUCCUCCACAGACUCGUGAAGGUGUGCCCAUCCAUCGGUGA